CAAAAGGGAAAGAAAUUAAUGCAAAAAGAUCCCGAGUUUUACGAAGACAGCUUUGAAUACUCACCCAGUAUUCUGGAAUCAGACGAAAUUAAUCAUACCCGACAACGACGAAUACUCAGCCAUGCUUUCUCAGAACAAGCUCUUCGAGAUCAGGAAGGAAUCGUGCAUUCGUACACAGACCUUUUUAUCUCCAGGCUUCACGAUCAGGUUACAGGACCCAAGAAGGGGAAGGUUGACAUUGUACAGUGGUUCAACUUCACGACGUUCGAUAUCAUUGGUGAUCUUGCAUUUGCGGAACCUUUCCAAGCAUUAGAAAAUGACAACUAUCAAAAUGAUACCAGCCGCCGCAGAGGUGAUACUAAAACUAAGAAACGACACCAAGGACAAGGUGAUGCGCCGUAUCAACUCGAAGACUGAUAGGAAAGAUUUCAUGAGUCAUUUCCUUCGUCAGACCAAUGAAAGUGGAAUCAGCCAUGACGAGAUGGUCUCUAAUGCUGGAUUGUUUAUUGUUGCUGGCAGUGAGACUAGCGCUACUCUCUUGUCGGGAAUGACUUACUACCUCCUCAAGAACCCAGAAUACCUGGCAAAACUCAAGGAAGAGAUUCGAUCUAGCUUUAAUGGCGUAGAGGACAUGACAUUCGCGAAGGAGAUUAAGCUUCCCUAUCUGCAAGCUUGCAUCGAGGAAGGAUUGCGCAUUUACUCUCCUGUGCCGGUCGAGCUUCCUCGUCGUACACCUCCAGAGGGAGCUGUCAUUAAUGGGGAAUUGAUCCCAGGCAAUACUUCUGUCGGAGUCUCGCAUUUCUGUUGUUUCCAUUCUGCAAAGAAUUUCAAAGACCCCGAUUCCUAUCGACCAGAACGAUGGCUUGGUGAUCCAGCAUAUGCCAACGACGACUUGAAUGGUGUUCAACCAUUCUCAAUGGGAGCUCGAAACUGCAUUGGAAAGAAUCUAGCAUACGCAGAGAUUCGGUCCAUGAUCUGUCGGUUGCUAUGGAAUUUCGAUAUAGAAUUAUGUCCGGAGUCCGCGGAUUGGAAAGAUCAGAAAGUUUACUUUCUUUGGGAGAAGUCUCCUCUCAUGGUCAAAUUGACAGCUAGGACAUAAUAGAUUGAGAUGGGGAGUUUAUUUUAGCAAGGCACUUCGAGGCGAGAGCUCGCUAGAGCAAGGGGCAAUGGGCAACGCUAAGUUUGAAAGAAUGUAUACCAAUAACGGUCUCAUUCCACAGGUUCCAGCCCCUGCAUUCCAUAAAUAUUCUCAGCAACCUC